GUGCAACGGGAGAGCUGCCUGGGUGGCGGGACGAAGAUGAGAUGGCCGGCGCCGGCUUCGGCGCCGCUGUGGGGCCAGAGUACAUGCAGGUGCCAGGAGAGCCUUUUGCUUUCUACCACAAGGUGAUGUUCCCCGACACGAAGCCAACCGGCAUUCGCAUGUCUGCAUGCCUCAAUGCCAUGGAGGAGUGCCGAACGGAUUCCUUCACUAUUUGCGACCAAAGAGUGGCCAGCAUGCGGAAGGUCACGAAUCCCUUUAUCCUGGUUGCCUUGGAGCUCCACCCUAGCAUGGCGGAAUUCAAUCCGGACAACGCCGAGGAUGGCUU